AUGGCCGAAGAGAUAAAAGCCGUCAGUCCCAAGGAUUAUUCGGCUCAAAUAAGCGCCGCUGAGGACGCUGACACCCGCGCCGCGCGUCGCGAGCUGAAACAACACUCCAUUUCGGAUCCCGUCGGCGACGGCUCCCCAGCUGAUACUGACCGUCCGGAAACACCUGCCGAAGACGAUGUCACCGACAAACGCAAUGACGAGCUGAAGGAGCAGGUUUCCUCGCCCAAGAAGAAGCGCGCUCACGACCAGCUGGACCCCGCCAAGGACGACGAGCAAAAUGACGCCGACAGUGUCGCCUCUGCAGACUCGGCCAAGGAUAGAGCCUCACGAUCAGAGCCUGAGAAGAAGCGACACCGCGAUACAGAUGGUGAUGCUGACGGCGACGAUGAGGUGAAAUUUUCAUCGCAUGAUAAUGACCUGAGCCGCAGGCUGACGAAUCUCGUGCAGACAAACCCGGAUAUGGACGAACCGAAGACGGAGCCCGAGCCGGAACCCAAGACUGGGACUGCAGAAGAAAAAACCGAGCCAGCAAAUAAGCAGCCCUCCCAAACAUCAGCCAGUGCGUUCGCGGCGUCCGGCUUUGGCAAACUUGCCUCUGGGACCUCCCCGUUCGCUGGCUUGGGAGGCGCCACCGGUAGCGGCUUUGGCUCAGCUGCAAAGCCACUGACAUCUUUUGCAUCGUCGCCGAAGAAGACAGAGGCACAGACACUGGCAAAGGCGCCAACACUGAGCUUCGCUAGCGGCGCCACCACUGCCUCUCCCUUCGCGACCGGUUUGUCGGGCACCAACGGUUUUGGAAGCGGCCUCAGUGGAAGUGGCUUUGCUUCAGCCUCUGGUGCCAAGCCGCUUUCCAGUUUCGCCUCUGGAAAGCCAAAACCUCUUCAGACCCAAAAGAGUGCCAAGCCAUUCGGUGCUCCGGAUAGCGACUCUGAAGAUAACGAGGAUGAAGAGAACGGCGAAAGGGAAGAAGGCAACAGCUUCGCGGAUAAGGACCGCGAUGCUACGUCGGAGAAGGAGGAGGAUAAGCUUAAAGUGAAGCUACAUAGAGUCGACGUUGAUGAUGGCGAGGCUGGAGACGCCACUGUUCUAUCUGUCAGGGCGAAAAUGUUCGUCCAUGAAAAUGCCGCUUGGAAAGAGCGCGGGGCUGGCAUGCUCAAAAUCAACGCACCCAAAUCGUGUGUCGAGACUGACGACAAUAAUGUUGUCGUUCCCGGAUCUUUUGACGCGUCAGGACUGGAUGACGAAGGCGGUGAGGAAACCUCAGCGAAGGUUGUUCGUCUAUUGAUGCGCCAAGACCAGACGCAUCGAGUGAUUUUGAACACUGCCAUCAUCUCGGCUAUGAAGUUUCAAGAAAAGACGUCACUCAAGCAUACUUCAGUGCAGUUUACAGCAUUUGUCGGCCCCAACGCAACGCCGCUUAUGGUCACCAUGAGAAUGUCAGCUGCCAACGCCAAACUAUUCAUUACCGAGGUGCAGAACAUUCAACGUGAACUUCAAAGUCGGUAG